CACCAGGCAGUGCCGGGGCAGCGCCGGGGCAUCGCCGGGCACUACCGGGACAUCACUGGGACAGCGCCGGGGCAUCGCCGGGCACUACCGGGGCAUCACUGGGACAGCGCCGGGACACCGGGACAUCGCCGGGACACCACCAGGCAGCACCGGGAACCCACCGGGCAUCAGCGGGACAUCACCCGGACACCACCGGGCCACCACCUGGCACCCCGGGACACCCCCCAGUGCAGCCGCCAUGGCCCCGCGGGGCCGGGACCGCCCGUGGGCGCUGCCGCCGCUGCUGCCGCUGCUGCUGCUUCUCCUCCCGCCGCCCCCGCUCGCCGCGGCCGCCGCCCGGCCCAACUUCGUCCUGGUGCUGGCGGACGACCUGGGCUUCGGGGACCUGGGCAGCUACGGGCACCCUUCCUCGGCCACGCCGCACCUGGACGGGCUGGCGGCCCGCGGGCUGCGCUUCACGGACUUCUACAGCAGCGCCGCCGUCUGCAGCCCCUCCCGGGCAGCCCUGCUGACGGGCCGGUUCCAGGUGCGCUCCGGGAUCUAUCCCGGCGUGUUCGACCCGGGCUCGCGGGGGGGGCUCCCGCUCUCCGAGGUCACCAUCGCAGAGGUGCUGAAGGCUCGGGGCUACGCCACGGCCAUGGUGGGCAAGUGGCACCUGGGCGUGGGGGUCAAUGGCUCCUUCCUGCCCACCCACCAGGGGUUUGACCACUUCCUGGGGGUGCCCUACUCCCAUGACCAGGGCCCCUGCCAGAAUCUCACCUGCUUCCCACCCAACAUCAAGUGUUUUGGGACCUGUGACCAGGGUGUGGUGCCGCUCCCGCUGCUCUGGAACCAGACCAUCAUCCAGCAGCCCGUGUCCUUCCCUGACCUGGUGCCACUCUACAAUAAAUUCUCCCGGAACUUCAUCACUUACUGUGCCCAACGGGGCCUCCCCUUCCUGCUCUACUACGCCUCCCAUCACACCCACUACCCCCAGUUUGCCAGCCAGGAGUACGCGGGGCGGUCCCGGCGAGGCCCCUUCGGGGACGCGCUGGCGGAGUUCGACGGCUCCGUGGGACAGUUGCUGCAGGCCCUGCAGGAGAACGGCCUGGAGAACAACACCCUGCUGUUCUUCACCUCUGACAACGGCCCCUCCACCCUGCGGAUGGCACGCGGAGGCAGCUCCGGCCACCUGAAGUGUGGCAAGGGCACGACGUACGAAGGUGGCAUGAGGGAACCAGCGGUGGCUUAUUGGCCAGGCCGGAUCGCCCCAGGAGUGACGCACGAGCUGGCAAGCACCCUGGACAUCCUGCCAACACUGACUGCCCUGGCUGGAGCAGCCCUUCCCAGAGUGGCCCUGGAUGGCUAUGACAUGAGCCCAGUGCUGUUUGGGACGGGGAAGAGUCCCCGACAGACCAUGUUCUUCUACCCUCCGGCCCCCGACCCCCUGCACGGCCCCUUCGCCGUCCGCCUCGGGAAGUACAAGGCUCAUUACUUCACCCAAGGUUCCUUUCACAGCGACACGACCCCAGACCAGGCCUGUCACGGGCUGACCCCGCUGACCCCCCACCUGCCCCCUCUGCUCUUCGACCUGGAGUCGGACCCCGCCGAGAACUACGACCUGCUCCAGGGCGGGGCAGGGCCCGAGGUGCUGCAGGUCCUCAGGGAGAUCACCCUGCAGAAAGUCCUCCUGGAGCAGCGCAUGGAGUUUGGGGAGAGCCAGAUCAGGAAGGGCCGGGAUCCCGCCCUGCAGCCCUGCUGUGCACCCAACUGCACCCCCAAACCCUCCUGCUGCCGCUGCUCCCAGCCCGGGGCUGCCCCACACUGACACCCCAAAGCCACCAGACCCCCCGGCCCAACUAA